CAAAGUCAUCAAACGUGUCUUAUUUGGCUUCUAUUUAGCCCAAAGUUCGACUUUUUUUUGUGUUGUCAGGCGUUUGUUCUCGUUGUGGCGCUAGAAAUAUAAACCAAACAUCGGAAGUCUUUUUCUUCAGAUUGCUGUAAAGUGCUGUGCGAUCUUGGUCAAGAUGACACUUCAAGAAUAUUCUCUGCCUGUCAGUGUGGUGGGCACACUGGUUGCACUUGCUGUCUUCUUCAACUUUCUAGAUUUUGUCAUUGGUCUACUUCUGAUACUUGUUCCUGUAAGCUGCAUCCUUCUCAAGGAGUACAUGAGUGGAGGUCGUUAUUAUGGGAAGGAGCGUAUUGACGGUAAAACUGUUGUCAUCACCGGGGCAAAUUGCGGAAUUGGGAAAGAAACAGCCCGGGACCUGGCUGGGAGAGGUGGCCGCAUCAUCAUGGCAUGUCGAGAUCUUGAAAAAUGUGAACAGGCCAAGAAAGAGAUUGUGGAAGAGACAGGAAAUAAGAACAUCGAGUGCCAGAAGCUUGACCUUGCAUCUUUCGCCUCUAUUCGUGCAUUUGCAAAAUUGAUAAAUUCAACUGAGAGUCAUGUGGACAUCCUGAUCAACAAUGCUGGCGUCAUGAUGUGUCCCAAGAUGCUUACGGAGGAUGGGCUGGAAAUGCAGAUUGGGGUGAAUCAUUUUGGUCAUUUUCUGUUGACACAACUCCUUAUGGACAAGCUGAAGGCGUCUGCUCCAAGCCGAAUAAUUUUUGUAUCCAGUCUAGGUCACACUCUCGGUAAAAUGAAUUUUGAGGAUUUGAACAGUGAGAAAUCAUAUAGCAAGCUUAAUGCCUAUGGACAGAGCAAGCUUGCAAAUAUUUUGUGUAGCAGAGAGAUGGCCAGACGGUUAGAAGGGACUGGCGUGACUGUGAACUCCCUACACCCUGGUACUGUCUCUACUGAACUCACUCGCCACUUGUCCUUUUGGAACUCGAGCAUCUUCAAAGUGUUUGCUGGCCCCUUCCAGUAUAUCCUCCUGAAGACGCCAAUGCAGGGAGCACAGACCUCCAUUACCCUUGCUGUGGACCCCCGUCUUGAAAAGGUCACUGGAAAGUACUUCAGUGACUGUUGGGAGAAGCGAACUGCUCGUCAAGCUGAGGAUGAUGGGGCAGCGAAGAAACUGUGGGAGAUCAGUGAGGAAUGGACCCGUCUUAAACAGGACUAGGGAUUCUUUUCCAGCUUGGUGAAGGCAGCCACAGCACCCAGUCUCAUUUAUAUUUGAAGGGCUUUGUGACUCACUGGGUUUCCUCUGUUAUCCAUACUUCUUUCUUUCCCCUUUUGAUGGCUAAUGGGACCAUCAUUCUUUACUACUUGACAAUGUUUUGCCUCAAGAUGCACUAUGAACAGUGAUAUUAUGCUGCAUUGAUUCAAUGUUUUUGUACCCAGUUAUUCAGGUCGUAAAACAUAUAUCUAACUUUUGUUUACAUUUUUCGCUUUGUUUUAUAUUAUAUGUUAUGUGUAGUUGCAAAGCCCUUCAUUUGUGAACGAAAACAUUAAGGGGAGGUGGCUAUGGUAUACAUUAUCUGGCUAUUUACUUGUCUUUGAGCUAGUUAGUGUGCAUUGGUAUGUUUGUUUGGUCGAAACGAAGUGCCCUGAACCUUAAAAUAAACAUUUUCACAUUUUUCCACGAUGUGGCACCACAAACAAAAUGCAGAGUCAGCAUUUUACUCGCAACUUUAUUUUAGGUAUAUCUCAACAACCAUUCAAGUUGGAGGCCUGAUAUUUAGCAUAGUUACAUAUAUGUGGGCAUUCUCUACCAUCUUACAAAAGCAGAAUUCAAUUUAUGUUGUCCUUUCCUGAGAUAUUCAGCCUCAAAGUGGGCUAUAAUUGGCUAUAUUAAAAUCUUUGACAUUUCAGGACGUAUGGACACGAAACUCUUCAUUGAAAAAUUAAAAGAUAUAAGUAAAAAAUCUCUUUGUAAGGUGGUAAAUGUACAUCUUCAGAACAUUGUGUCAAUGUUUCAGCCAAUUCUGAUAGUAACUUACAGAGAACUACUCAAAAUAGUGGGACACGUGUGUAGGAAAAAGGCAUUUUGAGAAAAACGAAUAAAAACCCAACCAAUUCAAAUGCUCAAAAGUGAGCCAAAAUACAUUUUUAUAGUUCAAAACCACACAUAUUAUGAAUACUGAGAAUACUGUCAGCCUUCUCUACAAAGAAGAACCACCUAAUAGCAAUAUAAACAAGAUUUCCACCACAGAUUCUAACCUACCCCUAUCCCCACUAAGAAAAAAGUAGUAAAAUUCAGGUAAAAGUGUCACUACCUCUAGUCUCCACCACCGGAGACAUAAAACUGUCUAUGAGUGUUAAUGCUGCCAUACUGAAUUGUUUAGAUAAAUUGAGUUUGUUGAUAGUCUUUUCUACAACAAGAAGAGUUUUUAAAUGGUAUGGCAGUGACUACCUUUCUUAGAAUAGUCGAGACUUUAUUGAGCCAAAAAAAAAUAAAAAGCUGCUACCUCUCCUUCAUUUUCUUCCCAAAUGUGUUGGUUUUUGCCCUUUUUUUGCUUUGCAAUGGUGGAAUCUGAGACUAUGCAACCACGAAAGGCUCACUGUAAGCUGGCAUUACAUGAUACUAUCUAGAUCUGUAUUGCCUCAAUUUAUCCUAUAUAUUCUGCUCAGUAGCUUCUUUCAAUCUUGCUUGAAGGGGUGACCGGCUUUGGGAUACACCGGUCUCCGACUAAAAAUACCCAAACGAUAAUAAUAAAUUAAAAAUAAAUUUUGAAGUAACACUAGGCUCUAGAGAUUUCUAUUGCUAGAUCUACACUAAACAGAUUUGUUCACUGCGUGCAACCAGAGAGUAAGAGAGGCUCAGGAAGCCAUCAAAAGUAUAAGACAAGUCCCACUCCCGCUCCUAGAUUGUAUAACUUUGAUCGAGGGCAACGGAGAUCUGUAUACUUUGAAUACCCCAGCCAUAUAAUCAUGGAAAGUACUGAAGGCUAUUACAAUCUCAAAAGUUAGAUCUGGAUUAGCUUAAAACGGCUAAGACUAAGACAUCGAAUCGAAUCACGAUCAGGUGAUAGAAAGAAGAGAGAAGACAGAUAAGAAAGAACAUGUGUUGGUAGGCCCUUUCGGGUCGAAAUACCACAAUAAAUUGCAAAUGGAGAUGAUAACAGUAAUUACUCAGCCUGUAAACAAGAUUUAUUAGGGUUGAAAUCGGCAACAUGAUAGAAAAUCUUUGAAAUGCAGCGAAAAUGUUCACGUUCUGUCAAGCGGCACGCAGUGUAAAGAAUGGCACGCGAAGAGGAUUCCCCGUCGUUGCUACCGGCUCGGCGAAUGAAAAUUCACAGUCCGAUCACGUGACGGAAGUGGGCGACCAGUAUUUGGUACGGUGUCUUCAAACAUACCUGAAUGGGUCCCCAGUGUAGUUCCGUACGAAAACGAAAGUGCAAUAAUUGAAUAGUUCUUAUCACGGCCUUUCCAAAGAUACCAAACUUGCAAACUUGAUUACCUUGCAGUCACGGAAAGCAUUGUUGCCAAGGGCUAAAGUUUAGCAUUUCCUGACGUUUUGUUUGAAUUUUUUUUCCCCCCUCUACCACUUUCGAAUACAUUUAAAUAUAUAUGUUAGGGGUCUCUUUAGGCCCGGGAACCUUCACGAACGGAUUCUUGACAUAUUUUUCUGUAAGAAUUAAAAUAUCCAAAUACUCAAAUGUCCAAAUUUUUUGCAAAUAGCCGAUUUUCCAGGGGAUUGAGUAUCAUGGAUUCCCUUAAAAUGGAGAUCAAAUGCAUUUGGAGCAAGUAUGGAAAUGUUGUAUGACCUUUUUUUAUACUUGUUAAGUGCCUUUCACAAUGUACUGGUUGUUAGGUGGAUGCUUCAGAAAAAAAAAUGAAUAUCAUGUUUGUGUUUCUAAUCAAUGUCCUAAUCCUGAAGUUUUGAUGAGGCUUGGCAGCAUUUUUGGAAAUCAUAUACAACAUGUACUUUAAUGAAGUAUUAGUACUUUAAUGAAGUAUUAGUACUUUAUUGGCAUGAAAGAGUUGUGUUCUUCCCCCAGUUAUAAAACUCACUUAGCUUGAAAAAAUGUCUUAAAAAGCUAAGAAUUCCAUUCUAUUAUUUUAUAUUUUUAUUGAAUAUGGAUGUAGAUUCUAGAA